AAGUGAGGACGCUAUGAAGGAUAAUAAAAUAAAUAAAUAAAUGCUUUUGUUUAAACAAGCCAAAUACGGUUUUUAUUCGAAGUAAUCUUCUUUACGAAAGCUAGUGCUAAGCUCACUCCAUCCUGCUUUCAAUUCCUUUUAGCGUCCUUCCAAUUUAGCGUCAUUUACUCUGCUGUUUUCAUAUUUCGUAAUCUGGCAAUCUUAUUAUGAAAAUAUUUUAAAUCAUUCUUAUGUUUUUAUUUCAGUGUUGUCUUUUUCUGUGGCAUAGCAGAAUCCAUAAUUAUUGCGGUUUUUAUCAAGUACUUAAGACUUUAAUAAAAUGAUUGCUUCACAACAUACUCAGUUUACAUAGUAUAUCUACCAAAUAAGUUUUUUUUGAGUUCCUCCUAGUGCUGUUAACAUGAUACCUGAAUUGAAUUUUAAUUCUUCUGAUUUUCCUAACACAUGGAAGGAUGACAUCCGUAUGAAUUUUUUGUUUGCUCCUUUUCGGGAAAGAUUUAUAAAUCCAGAAGGUUGGGAUGGGAAAAUGAAUUUUUGGACGACUACCAUACAGGAACUUUGCAUUAAAAGUCAAUCACCUUUAAUAUCUCAAGUUUCCUUAUGUGCUGCAUUACACAGAAAAGGGAAACAACCGCAAUGUCUCGAUGUUGUUCUGGAUAAUAUGUUCAGGCAAGGACUCAUUCUUAGUGUUGAUGAAUUUAACAAAGCAGCGAAUCUGAACCAAGGAUGGCAUCGUUGGGGCUUGGACGUUCUUGUUCAAAAACCUGUUGUCUGGGGUUUUUCUUCU